AUGCUCGACAAUAGCCAGAACGUUCUCGUUACGGGCGGAACGUUCAACCACGUUGAACAUCGGGGCAUGCCAGCGUUCCUGCAACUGCGCUCUGCGAUCGCUGAUGGCGCCAUGCAUGAUUCAGGCGAGCGUUUCGAUCCGCCCAAGUGUUACCCGGGCACUCGAGAGGUCAUCCUCAAGCAAUUUCUCGACUGGGUUAUCGAGCACGAUCGUGAAACCUUCUUGCGAUGGUUAUAUGACCCCGUCGGUGCUGGCAAGUCGGCGAUCCUACAAGAGAUCGCUGAGAUGUGCGCAAAGAGGAAGCUGCUCAUUGCGAGCUUCUUCUUUGCUCGGACGGCUUCAGUGCGCAACGACGAGAAGAGACUCAUCGCCGCCAUCGCCUACCAGCUUGCACAAUCGAUACCUGACACGUUACCCCUUAUUGAGAAGGCUAUUGAACGCGACCCUGCUGUGUUUUCCAGGUCUCUCGACUCGCAGAUCCUUCCUCCCACCAGACCCACCCUUUGA